AUGACCAACUCCUAUUGUGGUUCUAUCAUCUCUGACCAAGGUUCUGGCCAAGGUCUCUGACAAGAGACCUGUUGUGUCCCCAGCUUUUGCCAGGAGACCUGCUGCUGCCCCAGCAGCUGUGUGUCCAGCUGCUGCCGUCCAGUCUGCUGCCAGACCACCUGCUGCCAGGCCACCUGCCGCCCGGUCUGCUGCCAGACCACCUGCGGCCCCAGCUGCUGCCACCCGGUCUGCUGCCAGACCACCUGCGGCCCCAGCUGCUGCCGCCCGGUCUGCUGCCAGACCACCUGCUGCCAUACAACUUGCUAUCGCCCCAGCUGCUGUGGAUCCUCUUGUUGA